GCUGGUUGCAUUGCUUUUUGUAAAUGAAUGAUAUAUGAUCUGUGCGUUUGCAGACUAGGAAAUGUUAUGGAUUAUGAUAAGCAGCUUUCAAACAUGUGUAUGCUGUUUACUUUUCAAUCCUUCCGGAAGUUAAUCUUGCAAGAAGGAGAAAAGAUGGUUCUUGUAUGGUUCGAUACACCAUAUAACCAAGCUGUAUAUGGACUUGUUGAUAAGUUAGGGAGCUUGGUGGUUAGAUUGGUGUUCCUUCCAUUUGAAGAAAGUUCAUACACCACAUUUGCCAGGACAAUCUCAACAUAAAUACAGGAACUUGGGAAGUUGUCUUGCUGAGGCCCUGAAGCUUGUUUUGCUAAUUGGUCUUGUAUUUUUGGCAUUUGGCCCAAGUUACUCGUAUUCUCUGAUCAGAUUAUUGUAUGGUCAAAAAUGGAGUGAUGGAGAAGCUUCAGUUGCCCUGCGUUAUUAUUGUCUUUAUAUCAUAGUUUUGGCUAUGAAUGGAACUUCUGAAGCAUUUCUACAUGCAGUGGCUACAGAGAACCAACUCAAACGCUCAAAUGAUUCUUUGCUUGUAUUUUCAUUGAUAUAUGUAGUGCUGAAUGUCAUGUUGAUACAAUCUGCUGGUGCAGUUGGCUUGAUUCUUGCAAAUUCUUUGAGUAUCCUUACGAAAUUGCUGUCAGCAUAUGUUUAUACUUCUUUAUCCUGAGAUCUUUUCUAACAUUCAUUUUAAGUGACAUUUAUAACAGGGUUGGUGCUACUACAAAUUCCUUAGUUCCCAAAAUGGCCAUUUCUCUAUUGGAAAGGAAUUAUUUUAUAGAUUGAAUGCAUUGGCCUCUGUUUCCUUGAUUAUCAAAUAGAUAUGAUUUUGAGGAUUGUAUAUUCUGCAGUAUUCAUCAAGCAUUAUUUCCAGGAUUCUUCGUCAUUUUCUUUUCACAGCUGCUUGCCUUCAGGUUGGACAAUUCUGUUGUUUUCAGGUGUAGCCACUCUUAUUUCUGAGAAACUGUUUCUGGACCGUGAACAUUUCUGGCAAACAUUUCCAAUCCAUUUUUUGAUUGGAUUUACUUUCUUCUGCAUCUCAUCUUUUGUCAUCUAUCGCCGUGAGAGACGUUUUAUCAACAAAAUUAUCCGUUUCCGUGAUCACAUGGACUGAGGAACCGACAUCUGCAACAACUGCCUUUGAAAGUGUGAUCAUUUACUUACCCAUUUUUCACUGUCUCUUGUCGGUUGUCAUUUACUUACACGCAUAAACGGUAAUUCCACAGAACAGACAUGAAUGGAUAGGGGGAGAGGAUAGAGAAAGCAACUGCAUCAUACAUAUGCUGAUUAGGACUUAAAAACUUCUGUAUUUUUUCUGACAGUCCUCUCAACCAUAGGGAAUAGAUUUUGGAUUUUUGGGAAAGAUGACUGGUGGUGUCAAUACCACAUUAUGGAUUUACAGUUUUCUGAGCCAGACAAUUUUAGGGUCACAAUAUAACUGUAUCGUAUGCCUGUUGGAAUCUGUUCGUUUUGAACAGUUUUAGGCCAUUAUUUUCUGACAUUUGCUGUUCUCUUGGUUGUUUCUUCUUAUUCUUCCUAUUUAUUAGUCCAAGCAAUCACUCAGAUAAAAAUGUUUGCUGUUCCCAGAAAACAAAUGUACUUGCGAUCUCGAUAGAUUGGGUCCAAAAUCUACAAAGAAGGUGGGUCUUACGUUUUUAUGGACCAUUUCCUUAUGUAGAAAGAUCAUUCUUUUUAUGUACUAAAACUAUUCCUUUGUA